GCGGACCGGCUAGGUUUACCCCCUUUUUCCUCCAGAAAAGUUAUAAAAUAAGAAGAUAAAAAAUUGGUGUUCGUUACUAAUUAAAAAGUGUGUGAGUGACACGAAGGGGGCUAAUUAGCAGAUUUGGGGGUUGAGACUUUUGCCCCCGUUUAAAUGUUUCAGUUGGUUUCGUGAGGGUUAUUAUCCGGGGGUGUGAACCAACUGUUUCAAAACAUACAUAUGGGGAUGCACUAAAACACUAUAAAUUAGUGGAGAUUAAAACGGCGGCGUUAUUCACUAGGUGCAAGAUAUACAUGAAGAAAUUCGCAAUUUCAUCGCGACCGAAUGAAGAAUAUUUAAAUCAGACGCGCAUGAGCCCCCCACCUGGGUCACCCCCCGCCCCGGUGCAAGGGGUCAAUAUUAUCUUGGGAGGGGCCAUGCUAAGCGGGAUCAUCUUGGCGAUCUUCAUUCUGUGCUACUGCUGCCAUAAGACCAACAGGAAGUCCAGUCCGAGUUUAUCCUCAAUGAUCUGGCGAGACCCUGGAUUAUCUUUGCAGAUUUACACCGUGGAGGCGGCACAAAACAGAUUGGUGGAGAUGGAGGAUUACGCGGAGGGAGAGACGCCGAGAUGUCCCACCCCCGGACCCCCGCCCUACGACUCGGUCGUCAUGUCCGACAAGACCCGAACAACCACGAAAUCGUCCGAUAGCACCGGAUUGCCGAGUUACGAGGCUGCGCUGCGCAGUUUGGACGUUCCCUCUCCUACGCAUCAGUUUAAUUUGCAUCAGUACGCAUGAUCCAAGGAGAAAAUUUAAGAAUUUUGUUCUUUUAAUGUUAAUGUAUGUAGAGGUUUAAAGCAAUUAACUAGGAGCGGUAGGAAGGAAGGUUUUGUGUAAAUACUUAUAAGGAAAUUAGAAUUUAUGGUGCUAAAGGGUCUGGCAAAGAAUGUUAGACGUAUUAUAGAUAUGUUUGCAUUAUAGGGGUCAAAGGGUUAGAUCAAAAAAGACACUAGUUUGUUUUUUUCUUUUUAAAGUAUUUUAUUAGAAAUAUAAUAAAACAAAAAUAAGUCACUUAUAGGAAUUGAUGUAUAUGCGACAAACACUGUAUUGUAAUUUUUUUUUUUGUAGGUUUAGACGAACGUAAGGCG